AUGACAGAUUUAUCGGGAUCAUUCAUUAUUGCAAAAGCAGUAAAGGAAAUCGGAAUUGAACAGAUCUUUGGUAUUGUAGGUGUACCCAUUACCAAUGUCGUUGUGGAGAUGCAAAAGUUGGGUCUGCCAUUCUAUGGUUUCAGAAAUGAACAGGCCGCCGGCUAUGCUGCAAGUGUCGUCGGUUACUUGACACGUCGUCCAGCGAUCUGUUUCACUGUUUCCGGUCCAGGAAUGGUGCAUGCCGUGCCGGGCGCAAUGAAUGCUCUCGCCAAUUGCUGGCCAAUGAUUCUGAUGGCGUCGUCCACCAGUAUCGCCGACGUCGAGCGUGGUGGAUUCCAAGAGACUCCACAGAUCGAAGCCGCUCAACUCUAUUGUAAGCGUGUCUACUCGGUGCCCAACAUCGAGUCGUUCCCAAGCAUCUUGGAGUCUGCCGUCAAGGAGAGUGUUACCGGUCGCCCGGGACCAGUCUACAUCCAGAUUCCGGCAAACGUUAUGAUUAGCACCAGCCAGCGACAACUAAAGUCACUGUCGCCACUCAGAGAAUUCCAACCGGGAUGCGGUGCUGUAACUACCAGUCCGCGUGAGACUGUUAUGCAGGCGCUCCAACUGUUGAUGAAUGCCAAGAAGCCGGUUGUCAUCGGUGGAAAGGGUGCUGCCUAUGCUCGUUGUGAAGGUGAACUAGCGAAAUUCAUAAAAACCACUGGUAUUCCUUUCUUGUCUUCGCCAAUGGGUAAGGGUUUGCUACCGGAUGAUGAUGAGCAUGUUGUUUCGCCAGCCCGUUCCGUUGCUUUGAAGGGUGCCGACGUUGUUCUGAUUAUUGGUGCCAGAUUGAACUGGAUGUUCUCCUUUGGACAAGCACCAACAUUCUCACCAAACGUUAAAUUUAUCAUCAUCGAUGUCUCUGCCGAACAAUCUUCAAAGAAUGUAGAUAAUGCACUGUCGUUGGUCGGUGACGCCCAGCAGAUUCUAACAGACAUGAAUGCACUGCUUCCAAGUCUCUCUAUUAAGCCAUCGAUUACCGAAUGGUGGAGUGAACUCACUCAAAAAAUGCAAGAAAAUCAUAAAUCAUUGAACGAACUACUAAGUCAACCACAAAAAGAAAAUGAAUAUCUAACUUAUCAUCAAGUAUUCAAUGUAUUACGUAACCAUUUACCAAGGAAUACAUUAUUAAUUAAUGAAGGUGCAAACACAAUGGAUAUUGGAAGAGUUUGUUUACCACAAUAUGAACCAAGAUCUAGAUUGGAUUCAGGUACUCUGGCAACUAUGGGUGUUGGUGUUGGAUAUGCAAUUGCUGCCAGUGGAAUCUAUGGAAAUAGUAGACCGGUCGUAUGUAUUCAAGGUGACAGUGCAUUUGGAUUCAGUGGAAUGGAGAUAGAGGUAGCCUGUCGUUUCCAUAUGCCAAUUCUUUUCAUCAUUAUCAAUAACAAUGGUAUCUACGAAGGUCUAGAGGAAGCACCAGCCGAAGGAUUCUCACCGAUUACAAUGCCACCAACAUCAUUAUCACCAAAGACCCACUACGAAUUGAUCAUCGAUGCAUUCGGUGGCAAGGGUUACGGUGUAUCGACAAUCACACAACUCGACAGCAUUGUCUCGUCCACACUCCAACAGAUCAAAAAUAACACUUUGGAAAUGCCAGUAUUGAUCAAUGUAUUCAUCAAACCAAGUGGUACAACUCCAAAGAUUUUAAGUCACAAAUAA